AUGGGUCUUAAUAAUCAAGAUGCUGGAAAUAACAACUCAAACCUUCUUCUUCUAGGUUUAGCUCUUACUCUUACCAAACAAGACACACCACCAUCCAACAACAACAACAACGUUGCAAAACCUUAUUCGUCAAGUAACAACAACUAUGAAGCUGAACCAUCUCUAACGUUGGCUUUAUCUAGUUACUAUGAAGAACCUCUUGAUUUUUCUACACAGACAAACUCACCUCUCCACAGCGUUGUUUCGUCUUUCUCCAGUGGUAGAGUGAAAAGAGAAAGAGAUGUUAGCAGUGAAGAAAUCGAAGUAACGGAGAUAGAAAGAGUUUCGUCCAGAAUUAGCGACGAAGAAGAAGAUGGUGUCACCACAGCUAGGAAGAAACUUAGACUCACCAAAGAUCAAUCCGCCAUGCUUGAAGAAAGCUUCAAACAACACAGCACUCUCAACCCUAAACAGAAACAAGCUUUAGCCCGAGAGUUAAAUCUAACCGCUCGACAAGUCGAGGUCUGGUUUCAGAACCGCAGAGCCAGAACAAAGCUGAAGCAAAUAGAGGUGGAUUGUGAGUUCCUAAAGAAAUGUUGUGAAACAUUAACGGAUGAAAACAGAAGACUACAAAAAGAGGUUCAAGAAUUAAAGGCACUGAAACAAGCACAACCCUUGUAUAUGCCUAUGCCUGCUGCAACCCUUACUAUGUGCCCUACUUGUGAGAGGCUAGGUGGUGGUGUUAACGGUGGUUCUUCCAAUAAGGGCAAUUUUCAAUGGCUCCUAAACCUCACUUUUACAAUCCCUUCACUAAUUCUUCUGCAGCAUGUUGAUUUGUUACUAUGA